UUUUGCUGGAAGAUCUUUAAACUAGUGAUUUCAAGCUUCAAUUUGUUUUUAUUCAUUUUUUCGAUACGAUCAUUUUCCAUGAAAAUACAGACUUCCAAAAAUCGCUAAAAAUUUCAUAAAAUUUUCUUGUUCCUUUAAUUUUUUGGAUAAGUGUUCAUAAAUUCAUAUUUAUAUUAGACUGGGCCAAAAAAAUCGACUAUUUUUUUUUUCUUUCGAUACUGUGAAAAUAAUAUUCCUGAUAAACAAAAAAAAUUAUUGUGCAAGUUUGAGCCCAUAAUAUCAAUAUUAAGAGGUGUAUCGUUACGGCUAUUAGUUUUUUGACAGAAAGUUUAUUUUGUACCGAAAACUCGUAAAUAAUCUACCCAAAAAAUUUAAGCAAUGUAUAUUCUUAAAAGAAAUUGAAUUCUCUACAAAACAUCUCUCCUAGUAAAUUGACAUAAAACGAGCCGUUUUCUUGUAACCGUGUUUCAAAUACCCGCGUAAAAAAAAUUUGAUACCAAGAUGAGACUCAUUAUGAAUAUCAUGACGAAUCUCAUAUUUUGACACAAAUAUGAGAUUCCCAGGCAAUACAUAUUAACAAGUAAGAUUGUGUUGAAACUCUUAUCAUAAUUAAAUUUUCAAGUAACUUAAUCCGUAUGUUAUAUUGAAUGUAAAUUCAACUGUUUUGAAUGAUCUCUCAACAUUCUUAGUAUAAUUUCAUCAUUUUAUGAAAAACUUUAUAAAUACUUACUUUUCAUUUUCUAUGUAGUAAGAAUUUAAUCAUUAUAUAUCUUGCUCAGCUUAUGAGAAUAUUGAAUUUUUUUUUCUACACACAUUGCAAAUAUUAUGAUCUUUUAAAAAUAUUAUGAAGCAUCCAAUAAAAUAUCUUUGAAUAAUUUUAUUUGUCUUUUAUUACAGAAAUUAAUAGGCAUCAAUAUUAAUAUCGAAAAUUAUACAUAUAUUUUUUUAUUCGAUUCAAGAUAAUUUCUUGUGAACUCACAAUUAUUUCAUAAAGAUAUAAUUAUCUGCAUAGUGUAAUUCUUAUAAUACAAUCGUGAAUCAUUUGUGGAUUAUUUGUAAUGUAUACUCAAUUCAUAUAUGAUUCCAUAUUCUGAUCUCCGAAAACGACCAAUUCAGCACCUUGCUAAUUUUGUUGCGAACAGUGUUUAAACGAAAUAUUUAUGAAAAUUUAUCAUCAACAUAUCAUAAUAUUUGAAUGCGUUGAUUAUAAUCUAAUUAAAUUUUACUCGUUUUAUCAGGAGUGUGUCAUGCUUUAACUAACAUAAGUUCAUGAGGAUGACAAUUUGAAGACAAAUUAUAAUCGUAAAAGUACAUUUUUAACUUUUGCUAUCCUUAACAAUUGUGUCAUAAUAGUUUAAUGAAUUAGUGAUAAAAAAUUCUUUAUUUUUUUUUGUCUGCAUAGCUUACAUAUCAUCAAGAAUUUACAAUUAUAACGUAAACCGUUUUUUUUUUGACGAAGAUAAUAUUCGCUUGAUUUUACUAAUUGAAAUGGCAAUGUUAAGGAAAACUACACAUCAGCGACAAUCGAUGAAACGAAAUUACGUCUACGAGAGUAAUAUGUCAGCCAUGAUAACAUCAGAGAAUGUACCAAUUAAGAACCUACUGAUAAGCGGCAAUGGAGUCACUAAAGAAAUGAGUAAUAGUAUAAGUCAACCUGUCAGCAAUGAACUUUAUGCAAAUCCAGAAUCAUUAGGAUACAGUACAAAUAAAAUGUAUUCCAUGUCAGACAGCUAUAUGACACUUAAUCUAAUAGAGGCUCAAUCGACAACACUAACUCGAAAUAAGAAUGGAGAUGAACGAAUAACAGAUAAUUUAAUCAAUAAAAGAGCUGCUGUUAAUAGUGAAACAAAAGUCACUAAUACAGGGCUGGACAGUUUCUCUUCGGUUGAACUAGCUCCAGGUGUAACUGUAAAAGGCUACUGUACCGAAUUUUAAAUUGUAAUUUUUUCCUAUGAACAAUACAUAUGGAAUAAAAAAGCGCUUGCACUAAAUGAAUAAAUAACUGCUAGACAAAUUAUG